UUCUCCUCUCCCAACCUGUGUCGGCGCCUCCUUCCUGGAGACUCGUGACGCAACCCCACUCCUCACUCCCAUUGGCUGAGUGGUUUCCAGAGCAGCCAAUCAGCGUCCCCGCGGCUCCCGGUUAUAACUCCUCCGCGGAAGCGCCCGGACUCAGACCGUCCCCCCGACGCCGAGGAUGCGGGUCCUGAGGCCCCCCACCCUCCUCCUGCUGCUCUCGGGGGCGCUGGUCCUGACCCCCAGCUGGGCCGCCCCGGCCCUGCCCCCCGUCCGCCCCCCAGGCCCCCACUCCCUGAGGUAUUUCUACACCAUCGUGUCCCGGCCCGGCCGCGGGGAGCCCCGCUUCCUCUCCGUCGGCUACGUGGACGACACGCAGUUCGUGCGGUUCGACAGCGACGCCCCGAAUCCGAGGGCUGAGCCGCGGGCGCCGUGGACGCAGCAGCCGUGGGUGGAGCAGGAGAGGCCUGGGUAUUGGGACCGGAACACGCGGAAAUUCAAGAGAGCCGCACAGUUGUCCCGACGGAAACUGAAGACCCUGCGCGGCUACUACAACCAGAGCGAGGACGGGUUUCACACCUUCCAGUGGAUGUAUGGCUGCAACUUGGGACCCGAAGGGCGCCUCCUCCACGGGUAAUUUCAAUUCGCAUAGGAUGGCGCUGACUACAUCGCCCUUAAUGAGGACUUGACCUCCUGGACCUCGGCCGACCUGGCGACUCAGAUCACCCUGCGCAAGGGAGAGUCUGACAGUGAGGCAGAGCAAAGGAGGAGCUACCUGGAGGGCCGGUGUGUGGAGUGGCUCCGCCUUUACCUGGAAAAGGGAACGAGACCCUGCAGCGCGCAGACCCUCCAAAGGCACACGUGACCCACCACCCCGCCUCUGCCCAUGAGGUCACCCUGAGGUGCUGGGCGCUGGGCUUCUACCCUGAGGACAUCAGCCUGACCUGGCAGUGUAACGGGGAGGACCAGACCCAGGACAUG